UUUUCCAUCAAAUAUUUCUUCUGUUACUCCAUUCGUUCUGUAUUAAUGUGCUAGAGGGCAGCAGCCGCCUGUCCGAUUAUAUUCCAUUCAGCAAACGAAGAAGCGGAUUCCAUCAAUGACGUUACGGGCGCUUGUAUGACGACAACGUGCAGAAUGGCGAACGCGGGAAAUGAAGUCGUGUUUAAAAAGGAAACUGUUGCCAAACUGUUGACACGCUCUUUUAAGGAGGAUAAAACCAAAGUCAGCAGUGAUGCUGUCAUACUUGUAGCAGAGAUGCUGAAAGUAUUUGUUGAAGAGGCGACACGCAGAGCUGUUAAACAGGCCGACAGUGAGGACUGCGACACUAUUGAUAUUGAGCACUUUGAAAAGAUUCUGCCACAGUUGCUUCUUGACUUUUAAUUUCGCUGAGGAGCCAGCAGAUGGCGACGUAACCUAGUGCUGCUGAACAUCCUCAUCCUGGACUUCACUUUAAAUAUUUGCACAUGCUUCAGUCUUAUUUUGCUUUUGUAUUAAAUUGUAUUACAUGUAUGACUGAUUUAAUAAAAAAAAUGUUAAUAGUUA